GAGUUCCAGAGGGACAUCAUGCUGAUGUUUCAGAACGCAGUCAUGUACAACAGUUUGGACCACGACGUGCACCACAUGGCUCUGGAGAUGCAGCGGGACGUCCUGGAGCAGAUCCAGCAGUUUCUGGCCACCCAGCUCAUCAUGGAGACGUCCGAAUCCGGCAUCAGCGCCAAGAGCCUGAGGGGCCGCGAGAGCACGCGCAGACAGGACUCCACUGACAAGGACUCUGUGUCCAUGUCUUCACCUGCCUUCCUCCUUUCUCUCUUUGAUGGUGGCACCAGAGGGCGCCGCAGUGCCAUAGAAGCUGACCUCAAGAUGAAGAAGUGAAGAGUGGGAGUUUCAUCCAGCAGCUUGUGUUGGAGUGGCGGACUGAGAUUGUUGCUCAGCUGCACGGGUUCAGGCCGAGCUCUGCCGGGUCAUCUGCACUUACUCUCCAGACAUGAUCGGACUGCAACACGGAAGGGUUCAUUUCAUCCGAGACAUGGAGUCCAUUUGUUUGUUCCCAAGUUACUGUGGGGAGUUAAAACUUUUCCUAAAUGUAACA